GUAUGUGCAGUUCAGUGCCAAAACAGAGGUAACAAUGGAACCGGAAUUUGAGAGAAGAUUACUCAGGCAGCAAAAUGGACAGUCACCAAUUGGCUCACCAACAACUCUGCCAAUCUCACCAGGCAAGGCUGCAUCCCCAUCCAAGGACCGUUACAGUGACCGUUUCAUUCCCAGUAGAGCAGGCAGUAAUUGGCAGGUAGGCUUUGGAUCUAUCCAGCAGGAAACAGAUGAAACACAGCCGACUGGAAGGAGAGGCAAGGAGGUCGGAGACUCCAGUAAAGACAUGCUAGCCUACCACUGCCUGCUGAAGAACGAGCUCCUUGGAGCAAACAUCGACAAGAUCAAAGACCCGCAAUGCGAGGAUAGACGGAUGGUCAGUCCGCAGAAGGUCAAGCGUAAUCUAUUCCAAUACAACGUCCAAGCCAAGAGACCAAGCCUUGCUCAAGGAGAGGAUUCCCCUCCGUACUCCUUAUCCCCAAUAGGAAAUAAAAGCCAAAAGCUGCUGAGAUCACCACGGAAGCCAAUGAGGAAGAUCUCCAAGAUUCCUUUCAAGGUCUUGGACGCUCCGGAGCUUCAAGAUGACUUCUACCUAAACCUUGUAGACUGGUCAUCAGGGAAUAUACUCAGUGUGGGCUUAGGUACAUGUGUGUAUCUAUGGAGUGCUUGCAAUAGUCAGGUAACAAGAUUAUGUGAUCUCUCAGGGGACGGAGAUACAGUUACUUCUGUGUCAUGGAAUGAAAGAGGGAAUCUGGUAGCCGUUGGAACACACAAAGGUCUUGUUCAGGUAUGGGACUACGCAGCUCAGAAGAAACUACAUGCAUUGGAUGGCCAUGCAGCGAGAGUUGGGGCACUGGCGUGGAACGCAGACAGUUUGUCGUCCGGCAGCAGAGAUCGAAUGAUCCUGCAGAGAGAUAUCCGCAUGCCAGGGGUCAUCCGACGGCUCGGGGGUCAUCGUCAGGAGGUGUGCGGUCUGAAAUGGUCUCCUGAUCAUCAGCAUCUAGCUUCAGGAGGCAAUGAUAAUAGGCUGUUUGUAUGGAACCACUCCAGCACCUCCCCCGUCCAGCAGUACACCGAACACAGUGCAGCGGUGAAGGCCAUCGCCUGGUCACCCCACCAGCACGGUCUCCUUGCAUCAGGGGGCGGUACGGCAGAUCGAUGCAUCAGGUUCUGGAACACACUCACCAGCCAACCCCUCAACUACGUAGACACCGUCUCGCAGGUCUGCAACCUGGCCUGGUCUAAACACGAUAAUGAACUGGUAAGCACGCAUGGCUACUCGCAGAACCAGAUCCUAGUUUGGAAGUACCCGUCGUUAGUCCAAGUGGCCAAGCUUACGGGUCACACCUAUAGAGUUCUAUAUCUGGCGGUAUCUCCUGAUGGGGAGGCCAUUGUAACAGGGGCAGGAGAUGAAACGUUACGCUUCUGGAACGUCUUCAGCAAAUCAAGAUCAACAAAAGAAUCCAAGUCUGUGCUCAACCUGUUCAACCAUAUUAGAUGAGUGUGGGAUGCUACCAGCAAACCAGAACUUUCAACAAAAACAAUUUAGACAAUGAGAAAAAUCAUGGAGACACUAAACCACUUACAUCGUUGUAUUACAAGAGCCAGCUGAAUUCGGAUUUUGAUUGUAUCAUCAGAAAUUGGAUAAGAGUGAGCACAAAGCAAUGAUAAGGUUUUCUUGUUGUGGAAUAUUUUUAGUACUGAGACGGCAAUAAGUUAUGUUGGAGAACCCAGAUGAUCAUCAUAGCUUUUACAGCUGAUUCACAAUAAACUUUAAUCAUUAUGUCACCAUUUAUUGGAUUGGAUGCGCAUAGACUCAACAGCACAGUUUCUGGAUCAUCUUCUGAUUGAAAAAAAAAGAUCAAUAAGAUGAUCAUCGUAGCUUUUAUAGCCAGUUCGCAAUAUUCUUCGCACAUGUCAUGGGUUAUUGCGGUGGAGGGACGCACAGCAGUGGCACUGUUUCUGCAUACGGAAUGAGUGUUCACAAGAUGAUCAUCACAGCUCUUGCAUGUCAGCUGCUUUACAAUAGUCUAUACUUACCUUACAUACAGUGUCCCACAGUCAUGCAAAAUCCUGGAAAAAUUUGUGGUCAUGGAAAAGUCAGGGAGACUUUAGAAAAUAUGUGAAAAGUCAUGGAAUUGCAUUUAUCUCUUGGCUAUGGCAGCUUUACAGUUUGUCUCGCAACUCUCAUGCUCUGUGAUCAUACUCUGCUAUUAUAAUUGGUGUUCAUGAUUUCCAUUUAUCUCAGUUUUGUGACAUUCCAAAUUCUACAUAACUCCCGGGACGUCACGGGAAGAGUGGAAAGCAGCAAUUUAGUCAUGGAAAAGUCAUGAAAUUCUAUAUUCAAAUUUCUGUUGGAACCCUGACCAGGGUCUCGUAAAACUCUUGAUUUUUCAUGAUUGAUUGUACAUUGUAGUCAAUGCAAUCAAUCGUAGAAAAAUGUUCUACGUUGAUUGCUAAGCUAUGUGUUACGGGCCCCAGAUAUGGGAUUGGGAGAAUAGCAAUGCCAAGGUUUCUUGGUGUGGAAUGAGUGUUAGCAAGGUGAUUGUCACAGCUCUGAAUGUAGGGUGGGAUCUACUGUUCAUGUUCUUCAUAGAUUGCCAAAUGUGGCACCAAUUUGUAGGUUAAAUUUGUGAGCAUAUUUGUUAUUCAAACAAUUUAAGAGCAUCUGGAAAUCUGGAAAUGAUAAAAAAACGAGUUUUCUACACGAUUAUUCAAAGGCAUGUGAAAAGUAAGCCCAGUGAAAAUAAAAGUUCAAUGUUGAACAUACGUUUUAAAUUUCGGCUCUCAGUAACUUUAUUACAUACUAUUUAUAAAGACCUUAGCUUGAAUUUAACCAGAAUUCAGAAUAUAAGCCAAUGAAGUCUAUGGUCCACUUAGUCCUGACCCAAGUGGUAGAAUUCUCUGUCCGAAACACAAAACUUAACAAUUGAUCUUAGAACUAAGUUUUUAAUUGAUUGCACAACAUAUGAUCGAUUUCAUGAUCAUCGCUAAACUUUGUGUGACAGGAUUAGGGGGUGUUUCAUAAAGCUGUUUGUAUUAAAGUUAAGAGCGACUUUAAGAACGGCUGGUGAACCUUAUGUGCUAAACCAUCGCCAAUGAACAUUUUGGUGUAUACCGUUUACCACAAGAAUCAAAAGUCAUUCUUAAAGUUGCUCUUAACUUAGGAACAGCUUUCAUGAAACACCCACUAGGGAGCAUUGUUGAAGAGGCAUGAUGCCUUGGAGAAUAUAUUGUAGCUCAAGAGGUGUACUUUAAUGAAAUCAUGACAGAUUUUUUUCCUUCAAAUUUUGUUUAUCAUAAAUCAAGAGAGUUGCAUCAGAGAGGAAUAUAUUGCUUAAGCUUAGGGGCCCCUUGUGUCAGAAAAUGUUUGGCAAUAUAUCGACCACUUCAUAUGUCAGCCAUUUCAAAAUUAUGUAUAGUUUUAUAAACGGCUUUAUGUAAUCUCCCAAGGACGUGUAAAACAUUACAUGAUUAUAAGCAUUUCCUCCUCAAUACUUCACUUUCAUUUGCGGUGGUUUACAUGCCUAACAUAGCAACUCAAUGUCAAAAAUGUAUGGUUUCUCAGAUGUUCAUUUCAGGCUAUACCGACUCUUCUUGGUAAAUGUUAAAUGCAAUUACAGGAGUGAGACACACGGUGCACCACAUGGGAGGGAAUUUUGACUGUUCAAAAGAUUAUUUUUCUUGAUAAAUGAAGAGGAGAAUAAAAAUAGGAAGAGAUGCAAAGAAGAAAGGGUAUUGAAGAGAAGGCUCUGUUGUUGUACCCCAUAUUUUCAGAGGAUUAAAAUCAAACAAUUUUUUUUUUUAGAUUUGAAUUCUUUUCUUUUUAUCUUUCAAGAAUUUAAUUGGUUGUAUCAAAUUGAAAUAAGUUUGAAUAUAAUUUCCAUCUUUUUUUAGCACUCGAGCAAAGACUCAAAUGGCAUAUUUAUACUUAUUUUUUAUCCUUUUUUUUCUGAUCAUGAUUAUCUUUUUAUGAUUUUUUGAUAUGAUUUUAGAUUGCUUUUAUGUAGUUAUGGGAUAAUGAAAAUGGUCUUAUUAAUUAUGAAAACUAAAACUUACAAAGUCCUUGUUUAAAAAAGGAAAAAGACUUACCAGCUUUCAUGAAUUUUGAUUUUAGCCUUUUCACAAUCAUGAUUCUUAUAUUUUUUAUGUUUAAUACAUAGAAACAAAGGUAUUACAAUUUAUUUUUUGACCAAUAUUCUUGAAAGAACGAAAUUAUUGCCUUUUAUUCAUAACUGGAUGACUUAUUUCAAUCUUUACUUUUGAGAACAAAUAUUGGAUUAGUUUAUGUUUUACAGUAUUAUGAAGCGUGAUGUUAUCGAAGUAAUGAUAUGGCUUUGAAAUUUAAAAAACUCCGUAAACCACUGCUCUCCAUGAAUAUUAUUAUGUACAUGACUGUAAAUAAUGCACAAAAUAAAUCAUGUGUCAAAAUAUUGAA